CCGCCUGUUAGACCAACGAAGAAGAAGGAGCACGAAGACGUUGAACGUGUACCAGGCCAGCUGAGCUGGCUGAUGCCAUAACUGUUCAGCAGCACUUGAUUUUCGAUUGUAAAUGAUGGAGAAUGACAUUCUUAUCUCUCUUGAGGACUUAGGGUACCAGGGUCCUGUAUUGGAGGAAGGAGCUCUCGACUCUGCUGUGGCAGGUGGAGCAAGUUCACCUGAGUUUACCAAGCUCAGUGCCUGGAUCGUCUCAGAACUUAGACUAUACUGCAAACUUGAAGAAAAUGUCCACGCCACUAACAGUCCAAGUGAGGCUGAGAGCUUCCAGCUGGAGAUGAGUGGUCUGCUGUCAGAGCUUUCUUGUCCUUACGCCGUCCUGACCAGCGGAGACAUCACCCAGAGAUUCCUCCGCAGAGACGAUUGUCUGCUGCUCCUCUCCUUUUUAGUGUCUGAGCUGGAGGCGUCGAGGAUGAUCCUGGUAAACAAGCCUCAGAAGAAAGCUCAGGAGUCCGGCAGCCCCAUCUUCCAGGAGCUGAAGGGGAUCUGCAUGACGCUGGGCAUGUCCAAGCCUCCAGCCAGCAUCACCAUGUUCCAGUUUUUCACUGGAAUUGAGAAGAAGCUGAAAGAAGCCAUAAGUCGAGUCCCAGAAAACCACGUGGGAGAGCCUUUGCUGAAGAAGCCUCUUGGACCCGUGCACUUGGAAAAAAUCGAGGCCAUCAACCAAGCGUUGGUGAACGAGUAUGAAGUGAGGAGGAAGAUGUUGCUGAAGCGUCUGGAUGUGACAGUACAAUCCUUCGGUUGGUCCGACAAAGCAAAGACACACGGUGAGAAGUUGGGAAAGGUCUACCAGCCACUACGUUCAGCCCUCGGCACCAGGAGUAAAAUCUCUGUCGCUCACCUUCUCGCUGCGAGACAAGAUUUUUCCAAGAUCCUUCGCACCAGCAGCGGCAGGAUCCGAGAGAAGACCGCUUGUGCCAUUAAUAAGGUUCUGAUGGGCCGAGUUCCGGACAGGGGGGGCAGGCCCUGCGAGAUCGAGCCUCCACCUCCAGAGAUGCCCUCCUGGCAGAAGCGUCAGGAUGCUCCCCAAGGUGGAGGACACUACGGUGGGGGGCACGGCGGGAACAGGGGGGGAUAUGAUCACUACUCCCAAAGUGGCCGUGGAGGCUACGAGAGAGGAGGUGGAGGAGGAGGACACGAGGACAGGGGAGGUAGAGGAGGUGGAGGCAGGGGGGGGAAGGGACAGGGAAGCUGGGGAGAUGGAGGAGGAGGAAGAGGAGGUUACAACCAUGGCCAUUAUCAAGACGCAGGAGGUCAUCAUGGGGGAGGAGGGAGAGGAGGAGGAAACCAGCGUGGAGGUUACCAGGAUCCUGGUUACCAUGGAGGAGGUGGCAGUUACCACGACAAUUAUCACCAAGAUGGAGGCUGGCAUCAGGAGAGAAGUGGGGGCCGUGGAGGUCGAGGCAGUAGGGGAAGAGGCAGAGGAGGACAAGGAGGUGGUUGGGGAAGUAGAGGAGGUCAGAAUUUUAAUCAAGCAGGACAGUUUGAACAGUUUUUCCAACAUGGAGGGCAGCAGUUUACACAGGCCGGCUUCAGUCAAGGUAGACACUACACCAGCUGAAGACUCGGGGUCCAGGUCCCCCCUUCUUGUUCAUGGACUGAUGCCUUGUCUGUUUCAGAAGCGUUAUCUGAAACGCUCAGAUAUACAAACACAUUCACUUAGAGUUCAUGAUAGACUGUUAAACGGUUUCAGAUGUGAAACUGGUCUUUCUUUGGCCUCCUCCCCAAGUUCUCCAGCUAGCGUCUCAGCUGUGAUGCUGGCUCGCUUUACUGGAUAUUUCACCUCAUACUGAUACUUUAUCAGCCUUAUUGAAAGUUGUUCCUAAAGCAAGAAAGGUUUAUUACGUGCACGCUGCACGUCAUCGUAGCUUUCUGACAUUUACUGUCAUUCAGUUUGGUGAUUACUUGAAAGCGGUUACUUUUUUUUUUUGUCCAAAGCAUUUGACUGGAUUAUUUCCUUAUUUAAAAGAUGCUGUUUUGUUCUGUUGAUGGAAAAAAUCACACAGAUGUGGAUGUUGGAUGGUUCUCAUGGAUGUGUGGAUGAGCAAUAAAAGAAGUUAAAAUGA